AUGUGGAAACCAAUAAAUGUUGGAGCAAACUAUGGAGAUGAUUUCCAAGGCCUGUCUAACCUAUCCUGCUCCACAACUCAAAAUUUAUCCAAAGGAAGAGGGAUCCAUACUGUUAAGGACGAUGGAGAAUCAUCCUACUGCGUGCAUCCCACGAAGUUUGACUUCUUCCUUCAGUUGUUCAGUGUGGCAGCUACCAAUGGCCUAACACACAAACUCAACAGAAUGAAUGUUCCUACAUACAUCCAAAGUGUUGAAGUAUACAAGUGUGAUUUGGAGAUCGACAUGGCUAUCAAAGCAAUUCAGACUCGACGUGGCCUUCUUUGUGGUGAUGGAGAGGGCUUCGGAACUGAUGGAAAGAUGGCAAUGAAGAUGACUGGGGUGAAACUUAGUCCCAUUGAGGGGGCUGAAGCAUUUGAGAACCCGGAUCCCCAUGCUGGUGCCAGAGCGUUCUGGAGACCGGAUAUGGACUUUGUCAACUUUGACUCUCUGAUUACCCCUCAUAAAGAACAACAGCAAUAUUUGCAGCUCUGUGAAGAGCUGAAUCGUGUCGUCAUCCAAGAGUCACUUUCCAAGCUUGAAGGUAUUUCGACAGACAUUCCCCAUUUCCAGCAGUUCUUGGAAUGGAUGAAGAAGCAGCCACAACCAAAGCCCGAUAGCUCUCGGGAAGCUCUUGAAGGUAUUCUUUCAGCAACAACAAUGGAUCCCCUCGUGGUGGCCUUCAGGGUAAUCCUUGACAAUAUUGUCCCUAUGUUCAAGGGUGAGGUUGAUCCUGUUGCUAUCUUGAUGCCAGACGAUACGUUGGCCAACAUCUACAAUUAUCUGGAUCGUUGUGACCGCAAAGAACUAUUCCAGACACUUGGGCAUUCAAAGCCCCAGUUACGGAUUCUUGAGGUCGGUGCCGGUACUGGUGGCACUACCAAUACCCUUCUUCACAAUCUGACGAACUCUGAGAACGGUUCUCUUAUGUAUUCCAGAUAUACAUAUACAGAUAUCUCGCCAGCAUUCUUCGGACCUGCCAAAGAACGUUUUGCAGCUUACCCCAAUAUGGACUUCCAGGCAUUAGAUGUCACCAAGGAUCCGAUCGAGCAAGGAUUUGUGGCAGGCUCGUAUGACCUCAUCGUGGCCGCAAAUAUUCUCCAUGCUACUCCCAGUCUCAAACAAACGCUCACCAAUGUGUGCAAACUACUUCAUCCGGAAGGCCGGUUAUACAUGGAAGAGCUGUGCUCUGACGUGAAGGCUAUCAAUUCUGUCAUGGGGGUUUUCCCUGGCUGGUGGCUCGGUGUAGAUGACAAUCGUAUCGACGAGCCUUAUAUUUCCCCCGAGAGCUGGCACAACAGCCUGAUCGAAGCCGGUUUCGGUGGCCUGGAGCAUGUAGCUCUCGACUGUCCGCGACCAAAUCACCUCAUGGCUGUAAUGACAGCUAGACCGGCCGUCGAAGCUCCACGACACCAGGCUGCCACUAUUGUUUAUGAUUACGGGACGAUGGAGCUUGCAAAGAGCCUCUCAAGACAGCUUCAAUCUGAGGGUUAUGCCAUGGACCUACAUCUUUGGGCUUCAGGGCCGCUGCCUAAGGAUAAAGACGUGAUUGCGGUGGUAGACCUUUACAAACCGUUCUUUGAGAAUAUUAGCAAGAGCUCUUUUGUGGCCCUUCAAGAAUUUCUAUCAGAGGUUGCUGCCCUAGAAGUUGGUCUCCUCUGGCUUACACGAUCUUCCCAGUUCAACUCUCAGGAUCCUCGCUGGGGACAAGUCAUCGGUGCCAUGAGAACGAUUCGCGGCGAGCUGAAUGCCGAUUUGGCUACUUGCGAGCUGGAUCAGGCCACUGCGGAGAAUCUGUCUGCCGCGGUCAAGGUGUUCAAGAAAUUCAAUCACCGUCGCUCAGAAGAGCUUCUGCUCCCCGAAUUUGAAUACGCCAUCAUAGAGGGAGUGAUCCAGAUUCCCAGACUGUUCCCCGUGUCAGUCAGCGAGGAGCUGCGCGAGUCAGAGACAGAAAAUCGGCCGGAGGUGGGCCACGACCUGAGAAUCGGCAAGUUUGGACGUCUCAACACUCUGGCGUGGACUGCAAUUCCCGUGAGGGAGUUGAUCGAUGAUGAGAUUCUGGUUGAAACGAGGGCUUUUGGAAUGAAUUUCAAGGACGUGUUGAUUGCCAUGGGCAUUGUCGACGCUCGAGUUAAGACGACCCUUGGGAUCGAAGCAUGUGGUAUCGUCAGAAAAGUUGGCCCGAAUGCCGGAGAUCUGAAGCCAGGCGACAGAGUUUUCGCAUUUGGAGAAGGCUGUUUCUCGACUCACUUGAUUCUACCGCAGAAAGUCUUUGCCAAGAUCCCCGAUUCCCUCAGUUUUGAAGAUGCCGCUACCAUGCCUUGCGUUUUCGCCACUGUCAUUCACGGACUUCUUGACCAGGGAGGUCUUCAAGCCGGGCAGACAGUUCUAAUCCACUCUGCUUGCGGUGGUGUCGGGCUUGCGGCUAUCCAAAUAGCUAAGAUGAUCGGUGCUGAGAUCUAUUGCACCGUGGGAAAUGAAGAGAAGGUCCAGUACCUCAUGUCUACAUUUGGCAUGUCGAGAGACCGCAUUUUCAACUCGCGGGACAAGUCUUUCCUUGCCGAUGUCAUGGCAGCAACAAAUGGCCGCGGAGUUGAUAUUGUCCUCAACUCUUUAUCCGGUGAACUGCUGCAUACGUCGUGGGAUUGUGUGGCAGAGUUUGGAAAGUUGAUCGAAAUCGGUAAACGUGAUCUCGUCGGGAACGGAAAGUUGGCAUUGAACGUGUUCGAACUCAACCGAAGCUACCACGGCAUCGACCUUGGGCACAUCAUGGAGCUUCGAAUGGAUGUUGGUAACAAUUUACUCAAGAGAGUUGCCAAAUACUUCGAAGAGGGCCACAUCAAACCUAUUCGUCCCAUCAAGACUUACACAGCAAACGAGAUUGAGGACUGUUUCCGCUAUAUGCAGAAAGGUCAGCACAUUGGCAAGAUCAUUAUCACGCUGGACCUUCCAGAAGGGAAAUCAUUGGAGACAAGGCAGGCAGCUCGUAAGAUUGACCUGCAGCCCUACCACUCUUUCUUGCUGGUCGGUGGCCUGGGCGGUUUGGGCCGUGCUGUCUCUAACUGGCUGAUUGAGCACGGAGCUCGCCAUUUAGUCUUCCUCUCGCGCAGUGGAGGCGAAACUGCGGAAGACAAAGCCUUCUUGGAGGAGCUGCGCAGCCAAGGCUGUACUGCUUCUGCGAUCAAGGGCAGUGUUAGCCGAAUUGCCGACGUCGAGCGUGCCAUUGCGGCGGCCGGCAGCUUCCUCAAAGGAAUACUCAAUGUCUCCAUGGUCCUGCGGGAUCAGAGUUUUGCAAACAUGUCUUAUGAAGACUGGGUUGAUUGUGUUGAGCCCAAGGUUCUCGGGACUUGGAACUUACACAACGCAACUGUUUCUCGUAAGCUCGACCUCGACUUCUUCGUGCUCUUCAGCUCCAUCUCGGGAGUCGUGGGUCAACGCGGCCAGGCCAAUUACGCCGGUGCCAAUACCUUCCUCGAUAGUUUCGUGCAAUAUCGACAGAGCCUCGGACUGAAUGCUUCAGCCGUCAACAUUGGUGUCAUGCUUGACCAUGGCUACGUCGCUGACAACCCCAUCGUGCGCGAGCGCCUUUUGUCUCAGGGAAUAUACGGCAUUCGAAUUGCCGAGAUGCUUGAUGCGAUCACCGCCGUUAUCAUCGCACCUCGUCUAACUACCCGCGAGCGCUUGUCGAAUAAACCGUUUGUUAGCAAGAGUGAACUACUCGUCGGCAUGCGCAGCACCACACCUAUGACUGAUGCCUCCAAUCGUGUCCCCUGGAAAGGCGACCGUCGAGUAGGUGUUUACCUGAACAGUGCCUCUGGUGCUGCAGGGUCAAGCUCGUCCGCAGCGUCGAGCGAGCUCUCCGUGUUCCUGUCGCAAGUAAUUGGCAACCCUGGUGUUCUCUCAGAAGCUACCACUGUCGAUUUUGUGGCCAUCCAGAUUGCCAAGCAACUCAUGAUGCUUCUGAUGAAGCCUGUAGACGACGACACUGAAAUUGAUGUCAACAGCACUCUGCAAGAGAUAGGCUUUGACAGUCUCGUGGCAGUUGAGAUGAGGAGCUGGUGGAAGUCAUCAUUUGGUACAGAUAUAAGCGUACUAGAGAUGCUUGGAGUGGGUAGCCUGAAGGCUUUGGGCCAGAAGGCGGUCGAUGGGCUGAAGGAGAGAUUCGGCGAGGCUGAGAAGGAGGAUGAUUCAGGCGUGAAGAAGUACACGCAUGAAGAGGUUUUGACGACCAAGAUGCCGUAG